AUGGGAGAGACUGUUACUCUGCACGCUGGAUUUAUGGGACUACAGAGUAAUGUUCAGAUACAGUGGUUUCAUAGAUCUGUGGAUGCAAAUAUAAUAAUAGCUCAGAGUCAGGUCCUCAGAGGAGAGAUUAAAACAGAUUACAGUGAUAGAUUCAGAGACAGACUGCAGCUGGACAGACAGACUGGGUCUAUCACCAUCAGGAACAUCAGCAUCACAGACUCUGGAAUUUAUAGACUACGAAUCAAUGGAGAGAUCUCAGAGAAGAGGUUCAGAGUCACUGUCUAUGUUCUAUCAGCUGCUGUACCUGCUCCUCUUAUUGGAAAAAAACAGAGUCACUCAGCAGGAAGUGGAUCAUCUGGUCCAAAGUGUUCAGUGGUGUGUUCAGUGGAGAAUGGGAGAGAUGUGACUCUGUCCUGGUACAAAGGGAAAGAGAUACUGAACCAGACCAGCAGCCCUGAUCUCAACAUCAACCUCUCUCUCUCUCUGGAGAUAGAAGAUCAGGACAACAACACCUACAACUGUGUAGCUGAUAACCCAGUCAGCAACCAGACAACACAACUCAAUGUAACUGAGCUUUGUAACAAGUCUGGGAGUACUUCAGGUCACACAGGAAACUGCUGA